AUGGAUGAGUACCCUCUUUCUGGUCUAGAAAGUCAUCCUCGUCGUUUCAAAGCUCAUUGGUUUAAGAGUUUUUCUUGGCUAGAAUAUUCGCCAGAAGUGGAUGCUGCAUUUUGUCUUCCAUGCUAUUUAUUUUCUAGAAAAUCAAGUCCAUUCACAUCAGGAGGAUUUCGCAAUUGGAAAAAAGUGAAUAAUGGAAAGGAUUGUGCAUUUUUAUCUCAUGUGGGUAAAUCUCUUAAUUCUCCUCAUAAUAUUGCUGUUAAGUCUUGUAAAGAUUUGCUUAAUCAAUUAUGUCACAUUGACAAAGUAUUGGCUAAGCAAAGCUCACAACAAGUUUUAAGCAAUAGAUUGCGUCUUAAAGCCUCUAUUGAUACUGUCAAAUGGUUAACGUUUCAAGCUUGUGCUUUUAGGGGACAUGACGAGAGUCAUGAGUCUCAGAAUCGAGGAAAUUUUCUUGAAAUGUUAAAAUUAUUAGCUUCUUACAAUAAAGAAGUGGAUGCAGUUGUUUUGGAUAAUGCUCCUCAAAAUGCAAUAUACACAUUUUAG